CACAGCAUGUCAUAAGAAAUUGAAAUUGUCAAGUACUUCUUAGUUCUUACAUUCUCAAGCCAUGAGUUGUAGAAUUGUGAUCUACUUCACUUUCUUCUUCUGUUUGUUUUUUACCUCGGUUCCUCUUGUUCAUAUGUAUCCCUCGUAUCCCUAUAGUAGAAAUUACCAGCUUGACCUUAAUUUCUAUGAUAGAUCAUGCCCCAAUUUGCAUAAGAUUGUUGGAUAUGGUGUUUGGUUAGCCUUAAGAAAUGACAACAGAAUGGCCGCGUCCCUCCUUCGGUUGCACUUUCACGAUUGCAUAGUAAAUGGCUGUGAUGCUUCUGUGCUUCUUGAUGAUACACCAUAUUUCACGGGCGAAAAGAAUGCUCUUCCUAAUCACAAUUCACUUAGGGGGUUUGAAGUCAUUGAUGACAUAAAAGAACACCUUGAAAGGAUAUGUCCAUCAACAGUUUCCUGUGCUGAUAUAUUGGCCUUAGCAGCUAGGGAAGCAAUCGAUCAGAUUGGAGGGCCUUCUUGGCCUGUUCAAUUAGGCCGAAGAGAUGCAACAACAACCAGUAAGGAAGCAGCUGAGCAACAAAUUCCCUCACCAAUUGAGCCUCUAGAAAACAUCACUGCAAAAUUUUUCUCCAAGGGUCUUGACAUGAAGGAUGUUGUAGCCCUUUCAGGAGCACAUACAAUUGGUUUUGCCCGAUGCUUCACCUUCAAAAGGAGACUUUUUGACUUUCAAGGCUCUGGCAGACCUGAUCCCGUGCUUGAAUUUUCACUUCUAUCAAAAUUGCAAAACAUGUGUCCAAAUGAAGACGCCUCAAACAGCAAUCUAGCACCUCUUGAUGCUACAAGUACCAUGACGUUUGACAAUGAGUAUUAUAGAAAUAUUGUAUACAACACAGGACUUCUAGAAUCUGACCAAGCACUAAUUAAGGAUCGAAGGACUGCUCCUACGGUUUAUUAUUACAGCAACAACCAAUUUUCCUUCUACAAUGAUUUUGCCGAAUCCAUGGUGAAGCUUAGUAAUGUAGGAGUACUUACAGGAACCGAAGGGCAAAUUAGAUAUACAUGUGGCUCUGUAAACUAUUAAGUGCUUGUAUUUUCAGCUUCUUAGAAAAACCUCAACAAUAUAAUUGAGGAAGCCAAUAAGUCACUUGGAGUAUGAAAGCGAUCCUUUAUAUAUUAUGUGAAGUUCAUCAUCAUGGUAGGUGGUGGUAGUAUUCCAGAAGAGUGCAGAUUAGCCAUGUUAGAUUUUAUGUCAAGAUCUUUAUGUAGAAAUAUGAAAACUUGAUGUCAAAGCUCAAAAAAUAAUCUUUGUAUAUAUAUAUGUGUUGCUAAGUUUGUACUUUGCCUAUUUUGUAGACUACUAAACCAUUGAUCUGUGAUAACAUUCCUCCAAA